GGACCUAGAAACCUCUAACAAACAUCAGGCCAGCUGCGGAACAUCUCUUGACGUUCACGCAGGUGAGUGGUAGCACGUAUGGUAUGUAUCAUCAAAAUGCUGUCGUAUCAUGAUUCAUUUUGUGGCCCUUCCAGGCAUUCGCCAUGAGUGAUGUCGCAGGAAGACUCCUCGAGGAGUUCGAUCAAUAUGUGAUGAACCACAUCCCGAUCCGCUUCAUACGCCUAUCAGACAUGACAUUUGUGGGGCGUGAUGAUAUAAGGAAGCACUUUCGGAGCUUUGUCCCUCAAACGAAUCUUUUUGGGAUCUAUAAGCCCUCCCGAGUUGUCAGAUACGCCAUUCUAUCUCACCGAUGGUUGGAUUCGGGAGAGCCAACGUACGAAGAGAUGAAGGCGGGCACAGCAACGGGUCCUGGAUACAAGAAGCUGAAGAACUUCUGUGAACAGGCCAGGAAGCAAAACGUGGAAUUUGCAUGGUCGGAUACCUGCUGUAUCGACAAAGGCAGCAGUACCGAGCUGGACGAGUCCAUUCGCUCCAUGUUCCGGUGGUAUCGUAAUUCUGCUAUUUGCAUCGUCCAUUUAGCGAAAAGCACGACCAUCGAGGAUAUAUUGCGAGAUGAAUGGACGGAAAGGGGCUGGACAUUGCAGGAACUCCUUGCACCCUUCCAUAUCAAAUUCUUCAAUAAGCACUGGAUGCCUAUGACGAAUGAUUCAAAUGACAAACAAAAAGAAGCUACCACCGAAAUACUGCAGACUCUGGAGAAGGCCACUGGCAUUCCUCAUAAUGAGAUCUACUGGCAGUUCAAUCCAGGUCCGUUCAAGGUGGAUGAGCGGAUGGUGUGGGCAGCCAGACGCAAAACAACGAGGGUUGAAGAUGUAGCGUAUUCUCUGAUGGGUAUAUUCGACGUCAGCCUGCAAAUCGCAUAUGGAGAAGGAGGAGACCGCGCAUUCUGCAGGCUCAUCGAAGCCAUCAUGCAGGCUGGUGACCCUUCUGUCCUCAAUUGGAAGGGCACCGCUGCAAAACACCACACUUCAGAUGCUAUUCCUCGAUCGCCAAGGAGCUUCCUGGACCGUCGAGAGUUGAAGUUGGCUAGUGGCGGGCGACUGGAGAUGACUAUGACCGGUCUCGGCUUGCGAAUGCCUCUGGUGAUACUCCCUCUCAAUCUUCCUUCGGCAAAAGCCACUGGAAAAGGGCGUGCCUGCAUCACAUUCGACUGCUUGUUGUAUCCCAACGUCAAGAUCGACAUCAAUGUCGACAACUCGUCGGAUCACGGCCAGUAUCGAUAUGCGCUUGGGAUCAUCAACUACUCACUUGUCAAGGAUGGAUCACUGCGUGAGGUGGUGGAGAUGCAGGGCAAGUCAGCCGGAAUCCCCCUUAAAUGCCGGCCGAUAGAUCUAUUCAGCUCAUCCACCUCUGUGCCCAGAACAACCGGCGUUGUUGGGUUCGGGUUUGGGUUCGAGAACUUGGAUCAGAAAUUUGGUCCAUGGAAGAAGAUACUUGAUGAGGGUUUGAUUGAGGUCAAUUUUCCAAUCACACCGCGUUUCUACAUUGGACGUAAAUACCUAGAAAUUGUCUACUUGUAG